CUUUUAAGAAGCAUUGAUUCUGGAACUGUGAACUCCAUUGUACGGUCCUGGUUACACGUCUAUAAAAUGCAGCUGAAGGGUUAUCUGAGAAUAAGAAUUGUGAGUUCAUCUCUUGACUUGGGUUCCAGGAUACAUCAUCUCAUUAAUUUUAUCAAGGGCCCUGACUAUGGAAUGCUGGACUGGAGCCUACAAACACACAGGUCCUGGAGAACGCCCAGGAAACGCCAGACGAGGGGACUAUGGCGGAAGCAAUUAAUGGUACUAGAACGAAAUCCGCAGCUGGCUUUUCCUGAUGGCCCCAUAAGCAACAAGCACUAUUGUUCAGCUUCCGGGAGAGCAGCAGACAUUCUUCUGAUGCAAGGCUGGGAUUCUGGGAUUGCCUCAUGCCGCGUCUCCAAAGACAAAACCGCGUUAAUGUCCAAAAUUCAGCUUUUCCUUGUCAUCACACAUCUGAUGGUAUACGCAACUGCCAAAAGCUAAUUUUUUUAUUUGCAAAAUAAUCCAAACAUGUGACUUAAUGGUGGUAUUUCUUCUAAACUUUAUAUGACUGAAUCAUAAGUUACUCCCUUUUGUUUGCUUUAUAUGUUUAUAUGCAGUCAACUGUACUGCUUUGCUUUUUUAUUUUUUAUUUUUGCAAUUCAACAUUCAUACUGUGGCUAUUUAGAGACUGUGCUAAACAAAUGUGAUUAUACAUUAAAAACCUAGAAAAUUCAACAUUCCAACCUGUUUGCCUGUAUGCUGUUAUUUUGUCUUCCUCAAUUCAUUAAAAUGCAUUUCA